AUGGCUUCCGAUAACCGCCGUUUCGAGACCCUCCAACUCCAUGCUGGACAAGAGCCGGACCCGGCUACCAAUGCUCGUGCUGUUCCAGUCUAUGCCAGUACCUCCUUCACCUUCAAGAACUCUGAACAUGCGGCUAGGCUAUUCAGUCUGAAGGAGUUUGGCAACAUCUACAGCCGUUUGAUGAACCCUACUGUUGAUGUCUUUGAGAAGCGAAUUGCUGCUCUGGAAGGCGGAGUGGCCGCUGUUGCUGCGUCCUCUGGGAUGGCGGCGCAGUUCAUGGCCAUCUCCGCUCUCGCUCAUGCUGGUGACAACAUUAUUUCCACCACGAACCUCUACGGAGGCACGUACAACCAGUUCAAGAUCUUCCUACCACGUCUGGGAAUCACGACCAAGUUCGUCAAGGGAGAGAACCCGGAAGAGAUUGCUUCGUUGAUCGACGAGAAGACCAAGGCAGUCUAUGUUGAGACCAUCGGAAACCCGCGAUACAACGUCCCUGACAUCGAGGCCAUCGCAAAAGUUGCACACGAAAAGGGUGUUCCGCUGAUAGUCGACAACACCUUCGCUGCGGGAGGCUACUUCUGCCGCCCCAUCUCCCACGGAGCUGACAUUGUCGUGCACAGUGCUACCAAAUGGAUUGGUGGCCAUGGUACCACGAUCGCCGGUGUAGUCGUCGACGCCGGCACUUUUGACUGGGGCAAACACGCCGCUCGGUUCCCUCAACUGCAGCUUCUGCUUGGGCUCGAGACGCUCAGUCUGCGGGCUGAGCGACACGCAUCGAACGCCAUGGCCCUCGCCAAGUGGCUGGAAAAGCACGAGGACGUCGCAUACGUCUCAUACCCCGGCCUAGAAAGCCAUGAGAGCCACGAGACAGCGAAGAAGUACCUGAAGAACGGAUUUGGUGGUGUCUUGUCCGUGGGCGUCAAGGGCGGUGCGGCUGCUGGAGUCAGGAUCGUUGACGGAUUCAAGAUGAUUUCCAACCUCGCCAAUGUUGGCGAUUCGAAAACACUCGCCAUCCACCCAUGGUCGUCGACACACGAGCAGCUGACCGAAGAUGAGCGUCGUGCGGCCGGCGUCAACGAAGAUGCUAUCCGCAUCUCAGUCGGAACGGAGCACAUCGACGACAUCAUCGCCGACUUUGAGCAGUCUUUCGCUGCCAGCAAGGCCGCACUUGCUGACCGUUCUGCUUAG